CACCUAUAGGAAAAGUAAAAAAAAUGUUUAGCUAAACCCUUAAAAGAAAAGGAAAAAAAAUUCAAAACCCUAUGAAAUGAACGCACCGCGAAAUUCAUCACCGGCGAUGAACAUUCAUCACCGGAGUCUUCUAUGAAACUAAAGCCAUUCAAUCUUCCUUCAUUUUUCUUCUCCCCAAAACCGAUUCAAACUCCAUUGAUAUCUCCCCAUUCAUCCCACAAAUGUUUCUCAACCAAUCACCCCAGAAAACCACCACACUUCUUCGACGACGUCGUACCCGCAACCAGCGCCGUUUAUGAUCACGCUCUCAAAUUCCAGCGUCCCCCAACUAUCAAAUGGAAACCACACCUAGAAAACACCACCACCUUCAUCGGUUCCGUCACGCGUCAACUCAAGCGCGUCAACUCAAAAACCGGUCAAUUCGGAGUUCAUACUUGCCUUCGUGUUCGAAGUUCUAACAAACCUAAUCCCUCAUCUUUUUGGGUGCUUCUUAUGAUGUGGAAUGAUGUUGCUGAAUUUGCUUAUGAACACGUGAAACCGAAUCAUUUUAUUUGUGUAUCAGGUUGUUUGGCUCCUUACAUUGGAGAUACUCAAUUCGGUUAUAAGCUAAUUGUGAAGGAGUUAGAGUUUGUUGCUCAAAGUCCUUACUACAAAGAGAAUGAGAAAGAAAAUAAAUUUGAAGCUGGCAACCAAUCUGAUGUGAAUCGGCUUCACCUUUGGCAAGUGUUUUUCGCCAGUCCAAAUGAAUGGUGGGAUCAAAGAAAGAACAAGUUAAAUCCAAAGUCGCCUGAUUUUAAACACAGAGAUACAGGGGAAGCUCUCUGGCUGAGUAAACAUAAUCCACCAUGGGUUACAAGACAACUUGAAUUACUUGACUCAAAGUUUGCAGGAGGAUUUGCCGGUCGUCGGUCACGUCUCACAUCUUGGGUUUACGAUGAAUAGUUGAAAUUAAUUAAAGACGACUGUGGCAAUUCACCUUUAAUCUUAUGUGUGGUAGCUGUUUGUAUUUACCAUUUGGAACAAAAUUUACAGCAUAGUGGAAUUGAAAUCACUAUGAUUAUGAUAUUUUCUAGGCCACACACAUCUCAGUCCUAUUCUUAGUUCAUAUUCAGUUUCUUUAUAGCGAAAAUGAAAGAAACAAAACCUUGACGGUUAGAUAUUUAGCUAUUUUUACAGCAAUCCCAUGUAUCAUAUUUGUCUGGAGUGACAUGUUUUUUGUAAAGGUACAUUGUGUAGAACAGUAAUGGAGUACCUCUAGUUAUGGAAUGUGAGAUACCAAACUUACAUUGAAA